AUGAAGCCUAAUUAAAAAGUACUUGAUCAUCUAAAAAAAUAUGAUUAUUAUUUGCCAUUACAUUUGGAUUAUGUGUAGAAAUGGUACACUAAAAUAAUAAUCAAAGGUUUUAUGAAUAGAUGGUAGACAAUUUAGGAUUAAGUGAAAGUUUUAGAACUUCAUUUUUGAGUUAAAUUUCUAAAAUUGGAUAAUAUGCUCAUAAUGAAUAAUAAUUUAGAUAAUUAGUAAGAGAUUCUUGGUUUUGUUUCUUAAAUAAAAAGCCUUUGAAUUUCAUUUGUAUAAUGAUAGAUGGAUAAGAGUAGAAUGCAAUAAAGGAAUUUUUAUUGAAUGUAUUGAUUUAACCAAAAUAAUAUGAUAUUACAUAUAUAGAUGAAUUACUUUAAAUAUAUGAAUAUUACUUAUAAGGGGUAAAAUAAUAGAAUAAUAUAUUUAGAAUGGAGGAGUUGUAAAUAUUAUAAAUAGAACAAAAUUUAGAAUGAUUUUAAGUAAAUUGAAUUGUAGUAGAUUUAUUUUAAAUUAAGAUGAAAGAAUUUAAUUACAAAUUAAAUAAUAUAUGUUUGAUCUUUAUCUUAAGAAUAUAGAGAAAAUAGAUGAGAAGGAGAGAAUUAAUGUAGAAUUUAUUACAAGAACUAAUAUAUUUAAUAAAUUAUUUUAAGUAUUAUUUGAUUAAAUAGAAGGAUAAGGAAAUAUGUUUAAUCAUCUUAAAUAAAUAGUUUUUGUUAUGAUUGAAGAAUAAUUAAAUAUAUUGAUAUCUUUUUAAAUAUUGAAGAGUUUCUAUUAAAUGUAUUUAGAUAAAGAGAAACUUUUAUUUGAAAGAAUUGAUUCUAGAGUGAAUUUUGAUCAUAAUAGAAUAGCUAGAGAAUUAAAUUAAAAAUACAAAGAAAAAAAAGACUUAGUAGAAGCAUUAAAAUCUAUUGUAUAAAAAUAAACAUAAACAAUUAAUUAUAAAUUACUUUUAAGAGAAUUAGUUACUAAAGAUAUAUAUAGUAAAGAGAAUGAAUAAAUCCUUAAUCCUAUAUUAAAAGAAUUUGAUAUCAAUAAUUAAUAAAAAAAUAAGAGAUAAUAAUAUAUUGAUAAUGAUCUAAUAUAAUAAAUUAAACUUUUAGGAUUUAAUAAAUUGGAUAAAAGAAAUGAAAAUGAAUAUGAUAAUCUCAAUUUUUCAAUUAAUAUUAUAGAUAAUAAUAAUAUAAUUGUAAUCAAUAAAAGAAAUAAUUAAAAAGGAAAAUGUUAAAAUAUCAAAGAACUUUAUCUCUUUAUGAAAAAUUCUAAUAUUUGA